UACCUACCACAGGAGCACAAUCAGCACAGCAAUACAUACACCCUAAGGGGCCUACAGAGCGAUCAUGCCACGGACAGCCGCCACCGCUGCUGCUGCGCUGGUGGUUGCGGGAGGGUUCUUCGCCCAACUGCCUACGGGCGAUAGCCACGCAUACAUGAUGAUUCCGGUCUCGCGUCAGCUGUGGGGGACCACGGCCUUCCAAGAAGCCGGAUCGCCGAACAUAAACUACUGCCCACACUGUUUUCAGAGCCGUGGGGCAGCCGCUGUUCGUGCACGUGGCGGCGACCAGCCGUGGCCUCACUUCAACGGUGAUAGAGCGGCAAAUGGCAACUACAUCGAGAGCGAAGAGGUGGCUCAGAGGCACGGAAUCUGCGGCGAUCCUGAGCAGACUGCUGCCGAAGGCUCCAACUUAUACGGCCUCGAGAACAGCAAUUACCCCGUGCUCGAGACGUACGCCGAAGGGGGAAUCCUCGAGUUCAAGAUGGUCGUGUCGACCUACCACUGGGGCCAUGUCGAGAUGUUCCUCUGCGACGCCAACGACCUCCCCGGCGGUCCCGACAGCACCGUCACGCAGUCCUGCUUCAACGAGCACCCCCUGGAUCGCGUAGACGACGAUUACUUCAACAGCCCCAUCGACCCCAGCAACACCGGGCGCUUCAUCCUCGACCCCCCCUGCCGCGCCAGCGAAACCGACCAGGAACUGCUGGACGGCGCCUUCCCCGGCGACGUGGCCACCGCGAGAUUCAAGCUACCCGAAGGCGUCAGCUGCGAGCGUUGCGUAGUUCAGAUGGUUUACUACACCGGCAACUCGUGCAAGCAUCAAGGAUACGCAGAAUUCAACCCCGAUUCGUGGCCCAGCUCAUGCGCACCUACCAAGGCCGACUGGAUCAACGAGCUCGUCGGGUUUUGCGGCGACGGAGACGCCUACCCAGAGGAGUUCUGGAACUGCGCUGAUAUCUCGAUCACGUCCGAUGGAGACCCGGGUCCUAGUCCGACAACUGCCCCCACCCCCACCCCGACGGCCUCCGAAGAGACCGAACCGCCUGCGACCGACAUACCCACAGCAACGCCCUCAUACGCCCCGACUUCCGAGGGCGAAGAAGAGGAGGAGGGCACGGACGAGCCUACACCGACGCCCACUAUCGCAGAGGGAGAGGAGACCAAUGAACCUACCUCGGCUCCAACAACCGCCCAGGGAGAGGAAACCGAGGAGCCCACGUAUGCGCCCAUUUCCGGGGGGAACGGGGAGGAGGAGGACACGGACGAGCCUACACCGGCGCCCACCAUCGCCGAGGGAGAGGAGAUCAAUGAACCUACCUCGGCUCCAACAAACGCCCAGGGAGAGGAAACCGAGGAGCCCACUUAUGCGCCCAUUUCCGGGGGGAACGGGGAGGAGGAGGACACGGACGGGCCUACACCGGCGCCCACCAUCGCCGAGGGAGAGGAGACUAAUGAACCUACCUCAGUUCCAACAACCGCCCAGGGAGAGGAAACCGAGGAGCCCACGUAUUCGCCCACUUCCGAGGGCGAAGAAGAGGAGGACACGGACGGGCCUACGCCGGCGCCCACCAUCGCCGAAGGAGAGGAGACCAAUGAACCUACCUCGACUCCAACAGCCGCCCAGGGAGAGGAAACCGAGGGGCCCACGUAUGCGCCCACUUCCGAGGGAGAGGGUGAGGCGGAGGACACGCCGGCACCCACCACGGUUGAGGGAGAGCAGGAGGAGGAGGAGGGGGAGGAGCCCAACGGCGCCACACCGGCGCCCACCACCACAGAGGGAGAGGAGACUGGCCAGCUUACCUCGACUCCAACAACCGUCCAGGGAGAGGAAACCGACGCGCCCACGUAUGCUCCCACUUCCGAGGGAGACUGGGAGGAGGAGGGCACGUACGAGCCUACGCCGGCUCCCACCAUCGACGAGGGAGAGGAGGAGGAGGAGACUGACGAGCAUACACCGGCGCCCACUACCGUCGAGGGAGAGGAGACUCACCAGGUUGCGCCGGCUCCAACAACCGUUCAGGGAGAGGAAACCGACGCCCCCACGUAUGCGCCCACUUCAGAGGGGACGGGGCAGGAAGAGGAGGAGGACACGCACGAGCCUACGCCGGUGCCCACCAUCGUCGAGGGAGAGGAGACUCACCAGGUUGCGCCGGCUCCAACAACCGUUCAGGGAGAGGAAACCGACGCCCCCACGUAUGCGCCCACUUCAGAGGGGACCGGGCAGGAAGAGGAGGAGGACACGCACGAGCCUACGCCGGUGCCCACCAUCGUCGAGGGAGAGGAGGAGGAAGAGACUGGCGAGCCUACACCGGCACCCAGCACCGUCGAGGGAGAGGAGACUGACCAGCCUACGCCGGCUCCGACAAUAGUCCAGGGAGAGGAAACCAAUGAGCGGACGUAUUCUCCCACUUCCCAGGGGGAAGAGGAGGACACGGACGAGCCUACGCCGGCGCCCACGACGGUCGAUGGAGAGCAGGAGGAGGAAGAGGAGGAGGAGACCGAUGAGCCUACACCAGCGCCUACCACCGAGCUCGAGCCGGCCACAAUCAUGAACUCUCCCACCGAGCCGAUUGUGGCGACCUUCGCACCGUCGGUGCCCCCCCCUGUCUCGACCGACCCCGACUGCGAGGACCCUGUCGCGGGGUUCAACCAGUGCGGGGGACCGGGUUACGAGGGCUCUACCUGCUGCAGGACUGGCUACGACUGCGAGGAGAUGGCGGACUGCUACUUCGAGUGCCGCCCGCGUGGCGACCGCUGCUCCGAAAGCUGGGGGCAGUGCGGAGGAUUGGACUGGGAAGGCCCCGAGUGCUGCUGGCCCGGCGCUAGGUGCGCCGAGCGCAACGAGUGGUACCACCAGUGCAUUCCCGAGGAUGCCAUCUAUUGAUAAAGAGGUCUUCCUCCAUUCACCCAAGCACGUUUGGACGGCGGCUCGGUCGUGGGAUUCGCCAUCAAGACUACGAGGCUUGGUUGUUGUUAGUUUAGGUUGCUCUCAGCCAUACAUGUGCACGCGGUUUGGAUGGCAAUCGUUCGUCGUUUCUGGCAGACGCUACUCUUUCGUACAUGUCGCACCAUGUUGCUCAUCAAGGUGGCCGCGGUCUUUGGUGUUCGAUCGCUUUUUCCUCGGGAGACUUUCGCAGCUUCCCGGAGUUUCGUAGAGCGAAACGAGUACACUCCUCCUGUUGUCUACUUAUCGAGCUGUUGCAGUUGUUUUCUCGUGUAGGGGUAGGCUGCUGGCAAAUGUCUUCGAUUCGCUUUGCACCGUUGAGAUCGUCGGUGCUCGGGUACCAUCAUCUUCAGCAUUUCCUUCGUUUUUUUCUCCGAUUACGUCCGGCAACACCACAUCAUAACAGCUUUUUGACUUACUUCCGCAGCCUGAGUGGCGUCGCGAGGCAAACAACGAUACACCACCCCCCAUGAUCGUUUGUGCUUUUAGCUGUACUACACACUCCUCUCACGCAAGUUGAGCACACUGUCGUCUCGUCGGCGUAGAUGGUCGAUACCUGGCGGCGGUAGCUGUGCUUCCAUGUUUUGGGCUUGGAAUAAGGUGUUUCGUCGACGAUUUCAUGAGUGAGGGUGUUUUCUGCUUUUCAAUGCUUGGUGGUCUCGUGAGGCUGGGUCGUGAAGGAUGGCAUGGUGGUUCGUGCGUCAUGGCAGACUCGCACCUCUGAGCGCUUAGUGUUCGUUACUGUUGUGGGUAUUGGGUCCCAGGCACCGUAUAGCUGCUUGUCCAGGUUUGAUAUAUUUAGUGGGUGGACGCUAUCAUUGGCCUUGUCCAGAGUUUCUCGUCUUUGGGAUAUAUGAGUGGAGAAAACACACGUUCGUGAUCCCCGUUGGGCGUUCGAAAUUAUUUUGCCCAGAUCCGUUCAAGGUUGGUGGUGGAAAAUGACAGUGAAUGUACGUCGUCGCAAACCCGUUGGAAGAAAGCUAGCUUCACAUUUGUACUGCACGGACCGACGUAUAGCAAGGGUGUACUCGGUAACUCUUUUCUUUGGCGGACGCAUUUUCUGCGGAAAAGCCAUUUGGUGGCAAGCACUUUGGCGGUAGGCGGUGAUGGGUUUAUUGGUGGUCAAGACUUUGCCGGAGGCGAUAAAAUAAAUUGACGGCUGUAAAUGUUUGGGCGGAAACGCCACACCGUGGUAAUAUUUUCGCGGUACAGUUGGCGGCGUUUGCGUUUUUCGGCGGUGACGACUUUGGCGAAGGUCGUAAAACAUAAAUUCGGCGGUAAAACCGCGGUAAACCGUUGCCGCCCACCACGGCGGUAUUAAUGCCGAGGAGACGCUUGAUAUAUAUAUAGCCUAAGCCAGGUGCUUCUGCUGGAGAAUGCCCUCACGGGUUGUCGUGCGAUUCGUCGUCGAUUCACCCCUCCCUUGGGUGGACCCGCCAAAUUGGUUCUGCGGUUGUUUCCAAUUUCGUUCUGCUGGGACGUAAGAAUGGUCGUUAGUUGCUUUUUCCCCCGUCGGAGGACGGACGGGGUGGGGGUCCCUUUGCGCGUGCUUUCCAGCAUUCUCAAAUGUCAUGCGCAGGUGGUUCGGGUGUCUCGUUGAGCGUUCCUGGCAAGCACAAGGUAGGUUUUGCAUCCAUAACUGCAUUGUUUCACGUUGUUCCUGUCGACCAAUGUUUCAUGGUCCACAGAAGGUGAGAGCAUGUAGGAGGAGGGAUUGCCCCUCCCCGCCCCUAGUUGGGGUGGGUGCCCAGAAUGUGACAGAUGCAUGCGGGGACGAAAAAUUCGCGGUGAACAUGUGACGGGGUGCUUCUAGACUCACGUACGAAAAUACCAUAUGCAUGGUCUAUUCGAUGCGAAGAAGUGUGUGUUUCC